CAGGUGCUGUGCGCAGGCGCGGAAAGGUCCCAGGCCUGGACUGAGCGCCGGCGUCGCGGAGCUACGGGAUCGGUUGGAAAUGGCAGAGGUGGAGGAGACACUGAAGCGACUUCAGAGCCAGAAGGGAGUACAGGGCAUCAUCGUGGUGAACACAGAAGGCAUUCCCAUCAAGAGCACCAUGGACAAUCCCACUACCACACAGUAUGCCAACCUCAUGCACAACUUCAUCUUGAAGGCCCGGAGCACCGUGCGUGAAAUUGACCCCCAGAAUGACCUCACCUUCCUUCGAAUUCGCUCCAAGAAAAAUGAAAUUAUGGUUGCACCAGAUAAAGACUAUUUCCUGAUUGUGAUUCAGAAUCCAACUGAAUAAGCUACUCUCUUGGCUUACUGCGUCAUUCCUUAAUGUAAUAGCCCCUAAGAGUGAUAAUAUUAAUCAUGUCAACCAACUAGCAGGUGGAAAUCACCUUAGAGCCUACUUAGACUGAUCCAGUGCCCAAAGUCAUCAAAGUCAUCUCUCUGCUGGCCAGUCACCCUUGAAUUCUUGGGAGGACCUUUUUUCCUCGCCUCCAGAUUUUGGAGCAAGAGCUUUGAACAGCCCACACACCCUGCUUCCUUCCAUCUGACCUUCAGUUCACUUUGUCACCCUUGGAAAAGUCUGUUUUUCUUUAACUAAAAAUAACUAAAAUGCUUACUCUGCUGUGUGUCUUUAAACACUAGGUUGAAAAGGCCUCUCUGCCUCCCUCUCUUCUUGUGUAAUCACAUGGUCUAAAGGCUGAGCCCCAGUGCUGCCUCCAGCCACCAUGGCAUAUGGUAUUUAUGGUUCAGGGAGGCCUGCUGCCUAUUGCACCUGUGGCCACACUUGCUGAGUUGAGUCCAGUUUAUAAUUGGUAUCCUGGUUUCUGGGCCCUCAUCCCUCGCCACCCCUCUUAUCAUUUUCUACUCCCAUCAGUGUUUUGAAAGAUUUUUUUCUGCUACACUGCUGGGGAUUCGAAAGGAGUGAUAGUUGUUGAGUACCUAGAAUACACUUGGUGUGUUAUAUACCUUGGCUUAUAGCAUCCUCACAGUACCCUGCAGGCAGGGUAAAAGCCAUAUUAAAGAUGAGAUUGAGGUCUAGAGAAUGACUUGCCCGAGGCUUCACAACUGUGACACAGUUUCUGACUCCAAAAGCUCUGUUGUUUUUCUGCACUUUCUUCUCAGAAUUCCCCACUGGUCCACUUUAUCUGAGUGAGCUCAUCCUGGGUGAACGUCUGCCUUCCUUCCCUCAGACUCUGGUGUGGGUGUGUGAGAGCCGGGUCCCAGAAUGUGCCUGCUACUAGUGGCUGUAGGCCACUACAUCAUCCAUCCAGUAGCACUUUGGGAUUUUGUCCCCCAGAAACCACAUGUAUUUAUGUUUUAUUGGGUUUUUCUUUUUGUCUUUUGUUUCUUGUUACAGAGGAGAGAUUUAAAACUACACAGUAUAAACCUUAAAAUCCCCCUUAGUUGUCCUUCAUUCACCAAAAGUAACCUUUGUCUACAGUGAAUUCUUCCAUCUGGCAAAAAUACUUUUCUAAAUUUUCCAGCAAAAGUUUCCUUAAUGGUUAUCAGGGAAGUAAAAGAUGUACCCUUGAGAGCCUGGGGGUGUAGGUUAUCAGGGCAAAAAUUUUUUAAAAUCUCCCUUUUUAGUGAAAGAUAAUAGGGAUUUUUCUACUCCAUAAUAUACCCAUAUUUGUCUUAAUAGCAGUAAUCCUUUCAAAUAAUUUUCCCCAAAUCUCCAAAGAAAACGGAUUCUCGGGAUCCCUGGGUGGCACAGCGGUUUGGCGCCUGCCUUUGGCCUGGGGCGCGAUCCUGGAGACCCGGGAUCAAAUCCCGCUUCGGGCUCCCUGCAUGGAGCCUGCUUCUCCCUCUGCCUGUGUCUGCCUCUCUGUCUCUCUCUGUGUGACUAUCAUGAAUAAAUAAAUAAUCUUAAAAAAAAAAAAAAAGAAAGAAAAAACAGAUUCUCUGGGAAAAUACUGCAGGUUUGCUCUGUCCCAGUAGACUCAGGAAGCACACCUGAGGCAAGGGUAAUUAUAGGACCAGAGCAAAAUGACCCUGGAUCAGUAAUGAUCUCAGAUUCGGUUUUAAAAGUGAGAUAUGGAAUGAAUGAAUGAAUAAAUAAGUAAAUAAAUAAAUAAAAGUGA